AAAGAAAGGGCACAAGCUAGACCGCACAAGGCCUGAACAUUGUCUACGUAUACCCAAAGCUAAAGUCUGUGAAGAAAGUAGUAUUGUAGGUAGUAGGUGCGCCUACAAUGAAAUGUCAAAUUGUUGUGUGUUUGUUAGCGUCUGUCGUGUGCGUGUCUUACGCAGAUACUGCAAAACAGCAAGUAGCCAAAGCAAGAAUAGAAAGCUGUAAGGGAUGUCGUCUGAACAGACUACCAGAUGUCAAAAAGUUCAUCUUUGAAGAUGUUCCUCUGUACGAAGAUGUGACCUUCAAAUCGGUGCCAGGUGCAUCGCCGGAGCUUAUAUUACUAAAUAAAUUUGAUCAGGAACUGGAAAGGAUUGACCUGGCACCAUUGUCUCGAAAGGAUUGCAACACCUUACUUGUGGACCGAGGAUUUCAUAAAAAAAGUGAAGCAGAAACAGUGAACCGAAAUGAAUUUUGACGAUGGUGGUAGUUUGUCUUUUGCAUGAAGUCCUUCCAGUUCCAGUAUCUGAAGAAAAAAGGGAAAAAAACUUUCCCAUUGGGUUUCAUUAAAUUACUUCAAUCACUGUAAAUAAUGUUGAAUAUUGGUAAAAAAUCUAUUUACUUUAUUGAAAACAGCAUUUCUUUCACUGGGUUAAUCAGUUUGUGCUUAAGGCUCUGAAGGAGCUCCUGUCUUGCAUCAGAAAUUUAGUGUGAAUGGAUGAUUUUUUGCCAGUUGUUAUUAUUUGGGCAUUAGUGUAACCUGUGGCUUCAGACUUAAGGCUGUUAAAUAUACAGUAACCAUAAUAAACAAAGGUCCAAAAAAGUGCAUAUCACUGUGAAUCAAAGUAAUCCAGACUUUAGACUAUAGCCUUUUUUCUUGUUUCAAAUUCAUUCCAUCUGUUCCCUUCAUAUCCACUCAUUUUUCUUAUUGAAAAAAUAUAGUUUAUAAAUGAAAGUAUGUUUACUUUUAUCAGUUUUGACUUGAUGCCAUUUCCAAAUUGAAAGUAAAUUCAUUUGAUUACAAUCUUAGUGAAUUCAUUUGAUUACAGUCUUAGUGACAUGGUUGCUGAAGUGGAACUUGUGUCUGUGUCAGUAAAAUUAAUGCAAAUUUUAAAUACCGAAGAAGAAUUUCAUAAAAUGAUACGUGAAUGCAGGUUGAUAAAAUGUAUAUGCUUCCAUAUAAAGUAGAUGUUUGUAACAAGUAAUUUGUGAUUGUCAGCUGUAGUUUGGGACAUAUUGUCCAUGAUGCAAUUGGUCAGUGUCAUAGUGUAGCUUACUCAGUCUCCUAUUAGUAUUGUGAUAUCUUGUUGUAGUUAAGGUGCUGUAUGUAUUCAUCCAGAGUGUGUAAACCAAUUACUUACAGAAACAAAAUUGUCAUGGUUGCCUUUAUUCAAACAGUUUCUCAUUGAAGCUAAGUUGAAAAAUAAUGUUUUAUGUAAUAAAUUAAUCGAAGAUACUCUUGUAGAAAUGGAAACACUGCACAAAUGAUGAAUUUAGCUACAUUUUUAAUUCAAAAACAUUAUGCGGCUCCUUCAUCACACCUUUUCCAAAAACUGUUAGAAAUGUUUCCCAUGUUGCACUAAUAUCCAUGUGUUUAAGCUGUAGUCAGGAAUUUAGAUAGUGUUGAAAGUAAGCUUAUUGCCAAUAUCAUGUAGGUGUUAUAAAAGAGUCGGGAAACUAAUUUUUAGCACUUUAUAACGGUUUGUCAUUUCAGCCACUGUGUCACCGUCAUAGUCUUGUUUUGGCAUUGCCACAUUUUGCCAAACAGUGUAAAGUCUUUCUGGAAGUUGUAUGUAUACAAUGAUGUGCAUUUUUCUUUUUGUAAAUCACAUAAAUGUUAGUUCAUACAGUGUCUAUAAUAAGGUACCCUAAGCAUGUUGUGUUUUGGUAAUGGUUUAUUUUGUAAUUAUCAAUGGAAAGCAACCACAUUUGCUCCUCCAUUAAAGCUGCAAGCUGUGAUACAAACCAUGUACAAUAAUGUAGCUGCAUCAGAUCUGGUGCAGACUUUUGCCUUUCUCAUCUGUGCAUGUGGCAUAAACAAGCUUCUUUCAUGUGUAGUGUUUAUCAUAUACCGUACUGGUGAAUUGUAUUGUCACAAUAUCUGUGUGCAAUUUUUACACACGGUUUUCAUAUUUACACAACGAUAGUCGACCACUGCCCAUUAAAAACUCAUUUUGAAACAGUGCUCCUGAAACUAAAAAUAACUUUAGAACAAGAAAGAACGCACAAACUUGUAACAUAGUAUUUCUCUCUACUGUAUUGUGGUAGUGUAUACAAAAUAUCUUGGUGUUUUGUUGUGCAUAUAGUAUCAAAUUGGUCUUUUCAGGUAAAUGUACUUACAGACAUUCCAGUUUUAGGAAUUUUUGUAAAUAGUCUGUUACAGGCCUAUCUUCAUGUUAUUGGCUAAUUUCCAACCAAUCACAAUAAAAAUGCAGAAAUAUAACAUUUUA